CUGGCUGCACCGUGCCUUAGCCCAGCUGGUUUUGUGCACUGCGGAGAGGCUCGAGGUGCCCAGAGUGGCUGCGGGUGACCCCGAGCCUUGUUGUCUACCUGAUCAUCAUGGCCUCUGUGAAAAGUUGGGAGCUUUUGGAGACUUCUGUUUUUCCAUAGACCAGGCACAGCACGAGGGUGGCAACGCUUCUGCAAACAGCUCGGUUCCUGAGCACUCCCUCCUACAGACAACAGCAAAGAAAGAAGGAUGUUUGGUUUUCACAAACCGAAGAUGUACCGAAGUAUAGAGGGCUGCUGUAUUUGCAGGGCUAAGUCUUCCAGUUCUCGUUUCACUGACAGUAAACGUUAUGAAAAGGAUUUCCAGAACUGCUUUGGGCUCCAUGAGGUCCGGUCAGGAGACAUCUGCAAUGCAUGUGUUCUUUUGGUGAAAAGAUGGAAAAAACUGCCAGCAGGAUCCAAAAAAAACUGGAAUCAUGUGGUGGAUGCAAGGGCUGGACCCAGUCUUAAAACGACACUGAAACCAAAGAAAAUGAAAACUCUCUCUGGAAGCAGAAUGAAGAGCAAUCAAAUCAGCAAACUGCAAAAGGAAUUCAAACGGCACAACUCUGAUGCCCACAGCACCACUUCAAGUGCCUCUCCAGCGCAAUCUCCCUGUUACAGUAACCAGUCUGAUGAUGGCUCUGACACAGAGAUGAGCCCAGGGUCCAGCAGAACACCAGUCUUCUCCUUUUUAGAUCUCACCUACUGGAAAAGGCAAAAAGUCUGCUGUGGAAUUAUUUACAAAGGACGCUUUGGAGAAGUCCUUAUAGACACUCACCUCUUCAAACCAUGCUGUAGCAAUAAGAAGUCAGCCACUGAGAAGCCAGAACCACAGGGACCCCAAUCUCCAGCCAUCUCCAAUCAGGAGGAAUGGUGACUUCCUCAGCUAAUAGCAAAAAGGUGUAUAUGGAACCUUUUUAUUCUCUGGAAGAUACUAGAAAAUUAGCCUCUCUUCACUUUGGACACCUGCUAUGCUGCCAAAAGACCAUUCCUUAGGACUGUUUUCAGUUUUACUGCUACAAUUCCACAGACUCUAAAACCAGUUUGCAUCUUUUUUUCCCUGAAAAAAAAAAAAAAAUAAAAAAUG